AUGGCCUGUCAGUCUGUCUUCUGGUCUGAAUGGGGAGGCUCUGGAUCUCCUUCACGAGGAAGGUUCCUCUUGAAGCCAGAGGAACAAAUGGAGGAUCCAUGCACUGGCAUUUUAAUUGCCAUAGGCCUUCGUUCACCGGACAUCAUUGUCGAGAAGCUAUUGGGCAUAGAGCAUCAGCCCCCCAGAAGCCUCUUGCUUGCGGCCAAGGAAAUCUGUAACAACGAUGGGCCCAAGCAGUGCAUUGACCAGCUAUGGGACUACAUCUUGCAUCUUCUGCACAUGAACCAAGUGGAAGAGGAUAUGCUGGCAAUCUAUGAAGUGCUCAGGGCAGUGGUGUCCUGUGUCCAGAGGCAGCUGAAUGUGAAGGCUAGUGCUGAGGAUGAAUUGCCAUUCCUCAAGAAAGCUGCCAUAAAAUCCUGUGACACAUUCCAGCUAUUACGUGACCAUUGGCCCCUGGUCCACAAACCCAAGAUAGUCCAGGAAAUGCUGCAGCUGUUGGGAAACCUUGUGGCCCUUAUGCCAGCGUCCAGUGUCAAGGACGAAACUGACUGGUUAAUAGAAAAGUUAACAGACUUGCCGAUCAACAUGACUCUGUACAUCGAAGAGGACACAGAUAUCACGAGGGACUUUGAGGAAAAUUUAUCAGGGAAAAGCAUGAGGGAUGGCAGGAAGCAUUCUGGUGUUUGUCCAGACUGCGAGAAAACCACCAGACUGAUUGUGACAGCUUUGAGAGUAAUAGAUGUGGAUUUUCCUUUGGUCAUGAUGAAUCUGUCCUGUGCCUUAGCCCACACUAUUGCAAUGACAAUACUGAGCUGUAAACGUCUCCUUGAGAAGAGGGCCUUGGGCAGUCCUGUGGCUUCCCAAGAGAGGCACAAGGGCAGCCAUGGAAGCAUGUGCCGGAGAGUCCCUUUCCCUUGUGUACUCCAAGUGCUGGACGCUGUGCUCGUCAGUAAGACGGGGGGUUUCGACAAGGACUCUCAGGUGGAGAAUCUGACAGCUCUGAUUUCUCCACAGCUCCAUGUAAGUGGCAGAGGCUCAGAUCGGAGCCUCAUCUGGAGAUCUUUCUUGGCCCUGACCACGUUACACAGUGACCAGGUGGUUCACUCACUCCUCAGAUACCUAAAGUCCGAGGACCUGGCCACACUUGAGUCGGCCCUUACUGUCUUCACAAAGGUGCUGUGUAACGUGCCCAGGACGGAUGAGGUGAAGAGUGAGGUGGUACGAUCAGUGAUUGCAUUGAUUCAGCAGGACAUUAGAUCAGUGCGCUUCCUUCUCCUGCAACUUAUUGAGGUGCUGAACCAGUACGGUUUCUUGGGGCAUCAGGAGGGGAACGUACUUAUCCUCGAGCUCAUCAGACUUACCUUUACAGGAUGCUCGGUCCAAAGGGACUUCCAACAGAAGAGUACAGAGGUUCUUAAGAUGAUUUCACUGCCCCAGCUCAUCACCGUCGUCUGUCACCCUGAAAACUAUGCGAUAUUUGUACCCAUGAGCACAAUCCUGUUGGAAAAGGCUUCCAUGGCCCAUUCCCAGGGCAACAGCCCCUACCUCAGCAGCUUUUACCUCAAGCCUACUCAGUUCAUCUCCCCACAGAAACUCCUGCUCCAUCUUGUGAUGUUUUCAUCAAAACCCUACAGAGAAAAGGAGCUGGGUGAGAGCUCUCUCAGAGUGCUGCAAGCCCUGCAACCUAUCACGUCCCUGCUUCCGGUCAUCAACUACAGUUUCACACGGUUCUGCCGGAAGAAGAUCCCUGGGCUCUUGAACAUCCUGAGCAGUGGGGCGGGGGGUUCCCUGCACUCUCGUUUCCUAGAUCAUGAUGAGCAAACAUUGAAGCAGGAGCAAUGGGAGCACAGCCUACUGGAGUUUUCCAGUUUGCUGUUAGCGACCAUGAACGAUGAUGAGUGGCUGGAGCGACUCCUCCAAGCCAUCAUGGAGAAGAUCAAUAGCUCAGACACAUUCUAUUUAAAGGACAAGGCUUUCCUCUAUAAAUUCUUUGGCUUCACGCUGUGGACGUCAAGAGAAAAGCAACUGGUGAAUAAGAUGGUCUUCUCCCUCCUCCAAACAUCCCACCAGGAACCGAACGAGAGGGAGGGCAUUGCAGUGGCACUCAGUGUCGUGUCCAGAAGACAUCUGGAGACAAUCCUGGACCAGUUGCAAGCCUAUGGUGCUGCGCUCACGGACCAGAAUUCAUCACCCAUCCUCGAUCUGACAAAGGACCAUCAGCAGAGGGAAUGGGGGCUGGUGUGCGACACCAUCUAUUCCAGCUUCAGCAAGAUCAUUGAAGACAGCAGGAAGGACAUCUUGAGUCAUGUUGAUGGCAUCCUGGCUUUCGCCCUAAAGACCUACCAGGACUCCAUCAUAGUAAAGGACACCAACAUGAAGCUGGACUACCUGGACGCCCUGACCAAAAUGACAACCGCCUUAUGCAACCAGGCCUUGGACCCCAAUACUCAGUUCCCCUCCGCACAGGAACUGGAGCGCCUUAUGGUGAGAAUACUGAAGGAGGAGCCAAUGGAAGCCCUCUCCAGCUCCAUUAGGCUGAAGGCCAUCAACGUGAUCAUUGACUUAAGGAAGCUCACGGGCGUCUCAGACUGGAAUGAAGAACCAAUAACACUACUUGAAACAAGUUGCAAGAGGGUGCUUUGCCUCCCAUACGAAGACAAGUUGGAUAUAAAGAGUUCCGACCACACGGAGGGCAAGGCCACUGUGGAUCUAUACAAGAGUACACUGGAGAGUCUCUUAAGACUUACGCAGGCUCUGAUUGAAGAGAGGCCCUCUGGGACAGAGGACUUGUUGGAGUGUUUUGACAGAUGGAUUAACUCAGAAAAAAAUUAUGAGCGGGAACGAGCCAUGUGGAUCACUUCACAACUUUUAAGUUAUGUGGCAGAGAAACAGAGUUUAAACACUAAAAUAAAUUUCGCCAAACUGGAAAGCCUGGUCAAGCUGCUGGCCCUGCGCUGCCACGAUGAAGUGGACACCGUCUGCGUCCUGUCCUCUAAGGCUGCCUACCACCUCUACCACAUUCUUCUGCACCAAAAGCAGAUGAGAAUGAAUAUAGGCUUGGGGCAGAAGAAGACAAGUGGUGAGAUCUAUAGUGCCUAUUCAUUCUACAAGGAUUCAUCAUCUAAUAUUGGCAGAAAUAGCACAUACAACAUUGCGAAGGCAUUUGCUGAGUUCUUCACCCAGAUUCAGCUCACCAACCUUGUGCUGGAGGCUCUGAAGUCUGUUACGGACAGCAUGGCCACCGUGUCUCUCCCUGCAGCCCAGCUGAUGAGUGCCAUCAUGAAGGAGAGGGGCGGAGACGUGCUGCAGACUGAGGAAGUGGUGAGACGCAUCCUGAGUCAUCUCGAUUCCACGCUGGAGCCCCGCAUCAGGGAGGAGCUGCUGCAGGCCAUGUGCUGGCUGGCAGGCCACAGCACCUCCACCGUUGUGGCCCUGCUGCUCAGCCAGCCUCUGCCCUGGGACAGAACCCAGUUGGACAUAUGGGAGGCAUUUGGCACUGACCGGGAAACUGCAGUCCGCAUCCUCCAGCUGUUGGCGAGCAUCUUGGCCGAGAAAGACCCCAAGAAGGACAGCAGGGAGAUGGACUUGCAGCCCGUGGCGGUCUCCUGCGCGUUGCUGGCGAUUUUAGCAGGCUCAGUCUGCCAGGAGGCUAUUCAGGAACUCUAUCCCCGACUGCUGCUGGGUCUGCUCUGUGAUAUAUACUGGACAGGCGAAAAGAAUUCUCCCCAGCAGGGAGUGGUGUGCAGCAAUAUGGAAGACGGCAAGUCCUUCGAUCCCUUGAGUUGUGCCCUCCAAGCCCUGAGGGCUCUGACAGUGGCUGUGGAUUACACUACAGUGGUGACAUAUGCAGAUGAGGAGCACUGCUGGGAAAUCCUCAGUUCCCCAGAGUCCUUUCAUCUAGGGGUCAUGACACUAAGCAGGGCCAUCGUGAGCAACUGCCCACAACAAGUAAUCAAUGAAAUUCUGGAUUUAGUCAUGAACAUGUUGGAGAGCCAAGAUCCUGGUCAGAAGCUACUGGCACAAAGUGUCUAUGCAGAGCUCCUUUGGCACAGAUCAGUGGCAGAGACUCUGGGGCAAGAAUCUUUAAAUACUGUAAUGAAAUACAUCCAUGAUCCGGAUACCACACUAAAGGAGAUCGGCAUAAUUGGUAUGAGUAAUCUCGCCCUACACCCCAAAACAGCAGAGACUCUGUCCACCAUGAUUUGUGUCUGUAAAGAGCUACUGAGAACUACACCCCGACUGAAAAUUCAUUCAAUGAAGACAUAUAGAAACAUUGUCAUCACUACCAAAAGAGAAUCCAAGGAUGUCUUCCAUACCAUCUCUAAGGACCUGCGUCUGCUUCUUAAUGAUGAGACAAAAGAGGUGAGACUCUCAGCCACCUCCAUCCUAGGCGACAUACUGCAAAAGAUAAAUCAAUAUAAACCGGGGUCCUCUUUAAAAAAAGUGAUUCACACUUUUCUUGCUCCACUGCUGCUUAACCUUCAAGAAGAUGACAUCGAUACGGUCAAGGUGUGUACAGAGACCCUUGAAAAGUGGAGUAAAAUAAUAAAAUGGAAAUCACUCACCUCUAAGUUUAAACAUGCUAAUCUAAGCAACCACAUUCUAGUUAUUGAAGACACCAUCAAACACCUGGUACGCAAAAGAAAAAUUGACAUGUUGGGAAUGCUGUUCUUGGAAACCUUUGAAAUCCUUAAGAGCCCUGAGCCCUUUCUGAGGAUUAGUGCACUCCAAUUGAUAGGAAUCAUAUUAAAGAAUCUGCCUACAAUGCACCUGGAAGAUUCAGAAGUUAUAAAAACUGCUCUUGAAACAGCAAAUGAGUCCGUGCCAGCCAUCCAGCAGUUGACUGCUGCCACUUUGGCAAACCUUAAUCUUAUUCCUGCUCCGAAGAUGGGAAAAAGUUGUCUCGGGAGAUGUUACAACCUGCUUGUGCCAUCCAAUACAAGCCGCCUUUUCAGCUCUAUAGAUGAGAAUGAAAGUGGGAAGAACAGUUCUUCCUGCCAGGAGAUUCUCACAAUUUUCCCGAGGGUCAUUGCUUCUGCAUUAGGCCUGUGUCCUGCCAGCUGGAUCAUGUCAACCUGGGCUGCUAAGCAACAGCAUGGUGCUGACCCAGAAGGAGAACAGAUGAAGAAGGAAACAACAGAAGAAGAGAAGCUUAAAAGAAAGAGGAAGUAG